AUGCCUGUCGAUCUGAACGGAUACUGGAAAAUGAUCUCAAAUGACAACUUUGAGGAAUAUUUGAAGGGCCUUGAUGUGAACGUGGCCAUCAGAAAAAUUGCGACAUUGCUCAAACCGGACAAGGACAUCACCCAUGACGGAGAUCACAUCAUCAUCAAAACCCUGAGCACUUUUAAGAACUACAACAUGGACUUUUAUGUGGGGAAGGAGUUUGAGGAGGAUCUGUCUGGUGUGGAUGACAGGAAGUGUAUGACCACAAUCACAUGGGAUGGAGAUAAACUGGUAUGUGUUCAGAAAGGAGAGAUUGAAGGUCGAGGCUGGACCCACUGGGUGGAAGGGGACGAACUUCAUCUGGAACUGAGAGCUGCAGGAGCUGUUUGUAAACAAGUUUUUAAGAAGUCCUAG